AUGGCAGACUCAGGGAUGGAUGAGUUUGCGCAGACCCGUGGUGCCGACGAUCUUUUUGAUGAUGAGAUCAUCCCGGUCUCGGCAGAGGAGCAACAGAUUCAGACGGAAGUAGUAGUACCGGAGGAGGUAGCACCGGCUCCGCAGGUGCAAGAGGAGAGUCCGCGCGUCGAAAAGACAGCUUCCCCGCGUGGGGAAACGCCGCAGCGAGGCCGUGGCGGCGAGAGAGGCCGAGGUCGAGGACGUGGCCGCGGUAAAGGAGGUCGCGGAGGUCGCGAAUCGCAACCGGUCGAACAAAAGCGCGCUGAGAGUGUACCGCGAAAGAACGGCGCAGCGAAGAGCGGGCUAGAAGGAAGUCGAUGGGCUACUGCAGAGGAGUCAUCGGAGAAGCCGCAAGAGGUGGAGAAGGAGAAGGUCCAGGAGCAGGAACAGGAACAGGAACAGGCAAAAGGAAAGGACCUGGACCAGCCUGCAGAGGAAGAGGAGAACAAGGCGGAGGUCGCGAGUGCCGAUGGCACCGAGCCGGCACGAGUGCCAGCUGUCCGAGGCGAUCGAAGUGCCACUGGAGGCGUGAGGAAGCCGAAACUCACAGAGGAGGAGCUUUCCAAGCGCAUCGCUGCAGCCAAAGAGAACGCCGUCAAGAAGGCAGCCGCCCAUGCUCGAGCGCAGGCCGACCAAGCCUCCUUCAUGGAACGUGAGCAAAUCGCCGCCAAGAAGCGCCGCGAGGAACUUGCGAAUCGCCGUGUCAUGGAUAACGAGCGGGAGCAAAACCGACAGCGCAAGCUCAAGGCCCAAACCGGUCGUGAAUGGGAUUCCCAGAAACGUGAAGAGGACUACAACCCUCGUGGCGGCGGUAGCCAAUUCCGACGUGGCAUGCACGGUGGCGUGUCUGGACACACGCGAAAAGACUUUGACGCCGCACCUUCUGAGGAGGCCGCUGAUGAUCUACUGAGCCCCAAUCGGGGGCGUGGCCGGGGUGGCCGUGGAAGCCGUGGUCGUAAACAUUCACGCGGACCAAAGGGAGAGCGUGCCUCCUCAAGGGAACCAUCUGAUAAAGCAUCUUCGGCUGCCAUCAAAAAGGAGGAUUUCCCCGCUCUCCCAGCAGGGAAGAAGCUGGAGGGUGACCCCAAGCCAGCAGCUGCGCCCCUGGAGAAGCCCUCUAUGGAAAAGCUGGAGGCUACAAUGUCUCCCGUGACUGGCACCUGGGCUGACCAGUUCGACGACGACGAGUAG